UAUCUUUGACCAUCCCACCUCACCGAUUUUCCACCAGUUCACCUUUGCCGGCUUUCACCAACCACCCAACCAGCCAAACUUUGAGAAAAUAUUCGAACAUCUGAUACUCGGUCAUGUCUGCCGACGACCAGCAAUUCCUGGACUUGCUCUCGUCCAUCCCUAACCAGAUCCGACGAUACUCUGGAGAUGUCGCUGAAUAUGUCGACAAAACCGUUGACAAGGUUGCCGAUGAGAUAAGAGAUACAUUAUCAACAGCUUCGUGGAUACCCGAUUAUGCGCGACCGUCACUACCGAGUCGAGCACCUCCCGUCCAGGUUAUACCGGUCACCACGUACGAGCGAUUUCAGGAUUGGAUUUCCCGCCACAAGUUCCUUACUGGUGUUUUGAUCGUAGCAGCCGGAUAUGCAACAUAUAAAACGGUACGAAUCACUAAAGGGAUGCAUAAGCAUCGUCGGGCAAAGCGAGCUCGAAACGGUGGAAGACUAGAAGUUGUUGUAAUUGCUGGAUCACCGACACUGCCGCUAACCAAGUCAUUGUCCUUGGAUCUGGAAAGGCGGGGAUUUAUCGUCUACAUCGUUUGCAAUACGAUCGAGGACGAAGUAGCCGUACAGAGUCUCUCGCGUCCGGACAUUAGACCGUUAGGUAUCGAUAUAACCGAUCCUCCAAAUGCCGGACAGUCUAUCGAGAAAUUCGCGGCCUAUCUACAAGCCUCACACGCUGCGGUCCCACGAGCGAAACCGAAUUUCUUACACUUAAAAGCCGUUAUACUAAUCCCCUCACUCAACUACCAAACCUCGCCUAUCGCCACCAUCCCUCCAUCGAGCUUUGCCGACCUAUUCAACACCCACCUCCUACAUCCUAUACUCACCAUCCAAUCAUUCCUACCAUUGCUCACUAGCAGGAUAACACCCACCGGCGAAAAGUCCGCAACGCCAAAAGUUCUCGUCUUCACGCCAUCCAUCAUCUCCUCGAUUAACCCGCCAUUCCACGCCCCCGAGGCUACCGUCUGCUCUGCUUUAUCCGCAUUUACGGAAGUGCUGACUGCUGAACUCCGACCUCUUGCUAUCCCUGUAACGCACGUCCAACUCGGCACCUUCGACUUCCAGGGCUUCACACCAGUCCGUAUGAACGGAGCCGCGGGCGUGCCCGGCCUACUCCCACCCGCGGAACCGCUGCAAUGGCCCGAGAGCGCAAGACAUGCCUACGGUCGCAACUACGUAUCCCAGUCCUCGUCAGCCAUCUCAGCCGGCCGUAUCAGGGGACUCCGCGGCAGUUCUCUAAGGGAACUACAUAACGCCGUGUUCGACGUGAUCGACGGAUCCGAGCUGAGCGACGUGGUGCGUGUCGGAUUAGGCGCGGGUCUAUACGGUUUUGUCGGCCGAUGGGCUCCGAGGGGCUUAGUCGCGUGGAUGAUGGGGAUACGGAAAGUCGACGAGCUGAGCUCCUGGGAAGCCGGCGAGAUCCUCAAGAGCGACGCCAGCGCGAGCGAUAGCAAGAGUGAGAAGAGUGGGAGCGGGAGCAGUGAAAAUGGCGAGGCUAGCGCGAGCGAAUUUAUCGCUGUGGCUAGGGAUGACGACGGACAUAAUGUCUGGAAACUGGGUUAAACUGGUUGGGGGUGGGGUCGGGGUGGCGUUUUUGAUUUGGCUGAUGGGUUACGAGACCUGUAUAUAUGAUUUGAUGACUUGAACUGGCUCUCUUCGCUGCUUGGACAAAUUUGAAUGGAACCUUGCUAUCUUCGCUACUUACCUUAGGUAGGUAAGGAUGGGUGCGGGAUGGUAUGGUUGAUAACUAUACAUGAAUAGAAUAUUUGCACAUUUA